CAGAGGAUUGCACGACCGGUUCCUGAGUGCAACGCGCUGGGCAUCUGCAAACUGACGACGCUACCAGCCUCACACCCGUGCCGGGCCGUGCAGCCAUCUAAUGAUGCCGGGAGCCUUGGACUGUUACAGUUUCCCGUUUAUUUCGCGCGUGCAUGUGUGUGUGUGUGUGCACGUGCGCACAGGCCCGUGGGGGUUCUGAGCCGUACCGACCCGGCUGUCCCCAACAGGCCUGGUCCUGAGCAGAUGCUCGUGGUCGCUCGGGCUACCGGAGCUGGUGUUCACGCGGCAUACCCGGGAACACGGCAGCCUCCACGGAAGCAGGUGCUUCUCUACACCAGGACUCCUGCAAGUCCCCUGGGCUGGAGCCACGCCUGCAGAGGGAAGGGCGCAGGCGCGGCGGGCUGCGCAGGCGCGACGCGGGCAGGAAGAUGGCGGCGGGGUUCAAAACUGUGGAACCACUGGAGUAUUACAGGAGGUUUCUGAAAGAAAACUGCCGUCCUGAUGGAAGAGAACUUGGUGAAUUCAGAACCACAACUGUCAACAUAGGUUCAAUCGGCACAGCGGACGGUUCUGCUCUAGUGAAGCUGGGGAACACCACAGUCAUUUGUGGAGUUAAAGCAGAAUUUGCAGCACCACCACUAGAUGCCCCUGAUAGAGGAUAUAUUGUCCCUAAUGUGGAUCUGCCGCCGCUGUGUUCAUCAAGGUUUCGGACUGGACCUCCUGGAGAAGAGGCCCAAGUGACCAGCCAGUUCAUUGCAGAUGUCAUUGAAAACUCACAGAUAAUUAAGAAAGAGGACUUAUGCAUUUCUCCAGGCAAGCUUGCUUGGGUUCUAUACUGUGACCUUAUUUGCCUAGACUACGAUGGAAAUAUUUUGGAUGCCUGCACGUUUGCUUUGUUAGCCGCUUUAAAGAAUGUACAGUUGCCUGAAGUUACUAUAAACGAAGAAACUGCUUUAGCGGAAGUUAAUUUAAAGAAGAAAAGUUAUUUGAAUGUUAGAACAAACCCAGUUGCAACUUCCUUUGCUGUGUUUGAUGACACUUUGCUGAUAGUUGAUCCUACUGGAGAGGAGGAGCACCUAUCAACAGGAACUUUAACAAUAGUGAUGGAUGAGGAAGGCAAGCUGUGUUGUCUUCACAAGCCAGGUGGGAGUGGACUUACUGGAGCUAAACUUCAGGACUGCAUGAGUCGAGCAGUUACGAGGCACAAAGAAGUGAACAAGCUACUAGAUGAAGUAAUUCAGAGUAUGAAACCCAAAUGACCAGCCACCACGAGUGCAAAACAGCAGUAAAAACUGUAUUUGUUACACUGUGCAGGUUUUUUAUACUAAAUAAAUACCAACUACAUUCCUUUGAAAGACAUUUCUAGUAGUUCUCAGGUUAUUUCUGUAGAUGGUAUAUAUAAGAAAACAUUUAACCCAUGUAAGAAUCACAGGGUUGUGCUUUUGUAUAAAGUAUGCACAUCUAUCAAUGUAAAAUACUGACAUCUUAGGGGGAAAAAUGAAGUAGAAAUACAAUUCUUUUUGUUCAAUGGUUUUGUGUUUGUAAAAAAGAGAGAGAGAGAAGGAAUUUUGCUCAGAAUUUUGGAGUGGUUGGCAUGCCUCUCUUCACUUUACUCUUUGACUGACCACCUGUAUGCCGGUGACGAUGUAGCUGGGCUGUUUGUGCGGCUGCUGCUGCCAUAGCCAUCUGAUGUUGCAAGAAUCGCAACUGCUGCAAAAGGGAGAGAGAAAAAAAAAAAUCACAUUAUGCUAAAUGCACAGGUGUGCCAUGGUGCUUCCCCAAACAGGACAGUGAUGAAAACAAGCCUGAGAGGAGAAAGCGUGGGGUAACAAAGGGUACUUCCCAAACAGAAGGAAGCUUGCUGAGGACUUUAAAUAUGAUUGCUGAAAGCAUUACAUCUUUUACCUAGUCCUGGCAGUCAUACUGCAGUAAUGCAGCAACUUCAGUUACCAUCUUGUUAUAUAAUGAUAAUUCAUAGCAAAAGAAACCAGCUACCAAGAGUCGAUCGUAGUAUGCUGACACCUUUCCUAGAAUAUGUAACACUUUUCUAAACAUGUAUGACAUUUAUUAACAGGAACCAUCCCCACAGUACAGAAUCAUAAAGUUAAUACUUGGCACUUAAAACUAUUUCAAAAUAUAAUGCACAUUAAAGGGGUAUGGGGGAUGUAGCACCAAAGACCUUAAAAAGGAUUUAAAGUAUGCAUUGUUUAAAAAAAAACAAAAAAAAACUCAGUGCUCCAAGCUGCCUGGCAUGUCAGACUUCUAAAUAAACUAAGUUACUGACCAAUUGCUUUAGCCUUAACAGACAGGAAAGUACCCCUCCUGCAAGGCAGUGUACAGUACUUUUGGAACUCAGGUCUUAAUUAAUCAAGUGAAGCUGCUGGAUUACUUGAAUCUGCUGCUGCUGUUGCUGCUGCUGCUGCUGCUGCUGUUGCUGCAAGGCAGGGGGGAGCUGGAGUCUCUGCUGAGGAAGGCUUUGAUCAGGUCUGUUCUCAGCAGAGCCGAGCUGAGACAACACUACAGGAGAGAGGAAAGCAGGCCAGUCAAAAAGUUUGAAGGUGACCAGGGUUAGAAAAUGAGAACCUUAAGUAUCAAAUCAUACAUAUUUCAGAAUAAAUUUAGUCUCCUGCUAAUUGAGGGUAUCAGUGAUUCCAGAACAUUCUGGCCAUACAGAGGGAAGGGAGUACACAGACUAAGGUACUGCAUUCCCUCCUCCUUUUUUCUUUUUUUGAGAAAAGA